AAUCAUGGAUCCAGCUCUACUAAAGGAACGCGAGGCGUUCAAAAAGCGGGCUAUGGCCACGCCAACUGUGGAGAAAAAGCCCAAGGUGGAAAAAACAUUUGUUGCUCCUAAAGAUGACCGACAACAAAAAAAGAUACGUCCUCCAACAGCACCGAAGCUGGAUGCAACUACCUAUAAAACCAUGGCCGGCAGUUCCCAGUAUAGAUUUGGUGUCUUAGCCAAAAUUGUCAAACAUAUGCGUACUCGACAUCAGGAUGGUGAUGACCAUCCACUGACAUUGGACGAAAUUCUGGAUGAAACAAAUCAACUGGACGUCGGACAAUCUGUUAAAAAUUGGUUGGGAACAGAGGCUCUGAUGAAUAAUCCUAAAAUAGAAGCCUCACCAGAUGGUCAACGUUUUAGUUAUAAACCUGUUUAUAAGAUCAAAGAUGGAAAGAGUUUGUUGCGCCUAUUGAAGCAGCAUGAUCUCAAAGGAUUGGGUGGUAUACUCUUGGAGGACGUUCAGGAAUCGCUGCCUCACUGCGAAAAAGUUCUUAAAAAUCGGGCUUCUGAGAUUAUAUUCAUUGUUAGGCCAAUUGACAAAAAGAAAAUUCUAUUUUAUAAUGACCGCACUGCCAAUUUCACGGUUGACGAGGAAUUUCAAAAGCUUUGGCGUUCUGCGACUGUGGACGCAAUGGAUGAUGCUAAAAUUGACGAAUAUCUUGAAAAGCAAGGUAUACGAUCUAUGCAAGACCAUGGUCCUAAGAAACAAGUUCCCAAACGCAAAAAGCUGGCCAAUAAGAAACGUCAAUUUAAGAAACCUAGGGAUAAUGAACAUUUGGCAGAUGUCCUGGAAACGUAUGAAGAUAAUACAUUAACAAUGAAAGGUGUUAAUCCUACAUAG